GUCUUCACCAUCAAAUACACAAAGAAUGGAUGAUCAACAAGACAAAUUGCUGCCAAUAGCCAACGUGGGGAGGAUAAUGAAGAAGAUAUUACCACCGAGCGCAAAAAUCUCGAAAGAAGCCAAGGAAAGAAUGCAAGAAUGCGCGUCGGAGUUCAUAAGCUUCGUCACCGGAGAAGCGUCGGACAAGUGCCAGAAGGAGAAUCGGAAGACGGUGAACGGCGACGACAUCUGCUGGGCUCUGAGCUCGCUAGGGUUCGACGUCUACGCCGAGGCCAUGACCAGGUAUCUUCAUAAGUUCCGCGAGUACGAGAGGCAAAGGGCGAAUCAAACCAAGGGCGCGUCUAGCAACGACGACGAUGGAUCCCCUUGCUCUCAACAGGAUAAGCAAACCGCCGGCGAAACCGCGUAUAUCUGA